UGCAUGGUUUGGUUUUAAUAUAACAGGAGUGCUUGGAGUACUCAGUUGGUCUUAAAGUUUUGAGCGAAGAGCUUAUUUUAUAUUUAAGACAAAAACGAUUAUUUAGCAGAUUGUAUGGAAUUGAGGAUGGACAUGAGUUUUUAAAGUUUUUACAAAAGCUGACUUUGCUGUAGUAGGGUUUAUAGUAGUUAGUCCACGUCUUCUCCAGUAGGUGGCGGUAUGCAUAAUUAAGCUAGUAAUAUUACCAUUAAACCAUAGAAGAAGUCAUUCAUGUGAGCGUAUUGCGGAACAGUUCAGUGAUCGGAACUUGAGAACUCGAGAAGGUCGAGUGUAAAACCGGUGUCACAAUGUCUCUGCCAAAGCCAGUCAUGCGAGGACUCCUUGGGAAGCGUCUGAGGUUCCACUUGCCCAUCGCCUUCGCCUUGUCCUUCGCUGCUGCCGCAAUCUUCAAGUACGGAGUUACCGAGCCCAGAAAACAGGCGUAUGCUGAUUUCUACAAGAACUACGACGCCACGAAGGAAUUCAAUGCAAUGCGGGAGGCUGGCGUGUUUGAAAGCUGCAGGCCAACUGGUGAAUAAACAAAUGUGAUGGCCCAAUAUCCAUUCCUGACGUAAACCUCCUGCACCUUGAUGUUUUUUUGAACAGGACCGUGUUCUGUACGCUCUCAGUUAAUCAAUUAAACCUGUUUCUUCUGGAAACCUG